CGUACUACUAACCAGCACACUGGCGACGACAUGUGCUUAUCAAGUAUUCGCAGGGACCGCCAGGCCUACGUCCCCAAUAAAUUGUAAUUUAGUGUCUUCCUAACACAGUCUUCGUGAUCCGACGACGGACAGGCGGACGGAUAUAACCGAGUUCCAGACUUGCAACAUAUUUAGUAGUCUGGAACUUGAAAGUUAUUUUUUGGUGAAAGUUUGUUUUGAUGCUAAAAUAAAAUUAUGAACCUCUGCGAGAUAUAAUGUUAAUGUUAUGAAUUCUUGAGUGUACUCUGUGUCCUUUACCCGGUGAAAAUUGUGUGCAAAAAAAUUUGCACGCAAUUUGUUUUAUUUUCUUAUCGUGUGUGAAACUGGAAAUGACCAAAUUUUGCCGUUUUAUUUUGAUAGCCUAAUAUUGUUAGGUACCCAAAGAAACUUUUGGUGGUGAAAGUGAACUGAUGAUCCUAGAAUCAAGACCAAAAAAUACAUAAUCUGAUUCUUAUUUUUUAUUUGUUCUUUUAUUCAACAAAAAAGAUAAACCAUGGAUGAUAUUAAUGGAAUUCGAAUGUUGUACGAAACCCUUCAAGGUGCGGCUUCUCAAAACCCCGAGUCUUUGAAAUCAUCAGAGGCCACACUCUUAUCAUGGGAGACCCAACCCGGUUUUUAUGCAGCUCUCACAAACGUCAUUUCAAAACACGAGUUUGAAACAAAUGCUCGCUUCAUUGCUGCAAUUCAUUUGAAGAACGGCAUCGAACGGCACUGGAAGAAAGUUAUGAAUCCACCACACAGUACCUCCACACUCGUCGGAAUACCUGAAGCAGAAAGAGUUACCAUUAAAUCUAGUAUGAUUCAACUAAUCUUAAAUGAACCAGCACUCAAUGUUGCCACACAGUUGGCUCUUGUGACUGCAAAAAUUGCCCGGUUAGAAGUUCGCGAAUGGCCAAUGUUGCUUCCAAGUUUGAUGGCGAGUGUACAAUUAGAGGAUCCUUACCAACAGCAUCGAGCACUGUUGGUUUCAUACCAUGUAAUCAAGAUUUUAUCGACAAAACGACUUACGGGGGAUAGGAAAAUUUUUCAAGAAAUUGCUGUUGAAAUUUUCGAUUACUUGUAUGGACUCUGGGAAAGACUGUUUCUAGCAUGGGCCGUCUCUGGUGCCUCCGGUGAUGAUUUACCCAGAGCUCACAUGGCCUUGAAAAUUCUUCGAAUAUUAUGUGUUAGAGGGUAUAAAGUGCCUCAUGAAAGCCAAAGCGUGAAAACCUUUAUCUUAAGUGUGAUGCAACGAGCUAAGGAGACAUUGGAAUUAAGACUGACUAGGCAGGAUUCUUCAAACUUGUUGGAGAAACACGUAGUGUGCAUGUGUAAAGUUGUGGCAGAUGUGUUAGAAGUUCACCCCUUGUCCUUUGUGCCAUUUCUGCACGCCGGACUGGAGUUUGCAGCCUAUUUUGGAUUUUCAGAAGAAGGGAGAUCAGUAGUCUUUGAAAGAGUUGCUAUUCAUGCCUUGAAUCUUAUGAAAGGGAUAAUUCUGUGUGCCGAAUUCCGUGCACCGAGGGCUAUUGAAGGUGGAAGGCGAGGUAGCUUCAGCAUUGCCACCCCUGACACAGAUCCUCGUACUUUUGAAGCAGCAGAUAUCAAGGACCAAUUUUUUACGAACGAAAGUUUGUCUGUAUUGGUGCGCGUGCUAGUGACUCGCUAUCUUCCACUGUCACAAACUGAAAUCGAAAGCUGGGCAGAGGACCCAGAAGAAUUUGCUCUAAGAAUGGACGAAUCUGGGGAGACGUGGAAAUACAAUCUUAGACAAAGUGCUGAAACAUUACUGGUAACCUUAUUUAAAGAAUUCCGCAAGUCUACUGCGGUGCUCUUGGCAUUGAUGAAGGAAUACGAGACGCCAUUGAAGGAUCCCCAAGAUCGUUCGACAAUUCUGGCCAAAGAUGCAUUGUACAAUGCAGUCGGAAUUACCGCUUACGAACUCUACGACGAGUUCUCCUUCGACACAUGGCUGGCAAGUACCUUAGUUCACGAAUUGACCCUUCCCGUGCCUAUACUGCAUCGAAGAAUUACAUGGCUGGUGGGACAAUGGACUGGGGUAAAAAUAACUGCUGAAGCGAGACCAACAAUUUAUGCAUUGCUCCUGAGCGGUCUUCAAAGUCCGGAUGUAGUGGUUCGUCUGAGUUCUUCUCAAGCAUUGAGAAGCUGUUUGGACGAUUUUGAUUUCGUACCUGAACAAUUUGCUCCUUGUAUGACGGAUACAUUUCACAAUUUAUUCAUGCUUCUAAAAGAUGUAAAAGAAAGUGAUAACAAGAUGCGAGUUCUUCAUACAAUGAGCUUUCUCAUUGAAAGAAUGGGAAUUCAAAUUAAAAACUCCAAUCAGAUAGGCUCACUUGCGCAAUAUUUGCCUCUUCUCUGGGAUAUGGAACACAACAUGCUUAAAGCUGCCGUGGUAUCAACAUCUAUUCAAUUGGUUCAUGCAUUAGGAAGCGAGUCAAGCGUAUUAAGAGAAUUCCUUUUCCCUGUGAUUCGUAUUGCAACUGACUUGAAAUCUCAGGAACAUGUUUACCUUUUGGAGGAUGGACUCGACCUUUGGUUGGCAUUAAUGGAAUAUGCACCAGAACCACCAGACGAAAGUUUUCUUUCACUGGUGGACAAUUUAAUACCCCUUCUUUCAAUAUCCUCUGAGCACUUAAAAAUGUCUGUCUCACUGGUGAAUUCCUACGCGAUAAUUUAUCCUGAAUAUUUUACUGAGAAAUAUGGAUCCAUUAUUUGCACGGAACUCAGUUCUUCAAUCUCGGAUAUGCGAGCUGAAGGUGUUGCAACAGUACUCCGGUGUAUGGAAACCUUCUUGCGCACUUCACCAAUUAAUGGUCCCACUGCGAUUAGGCCUAUAAUUGGUAAAAUUUUUCAGGCUUCAUACGAAGCACUGGAUGUGCCAUUCUUGCUGGCGCUCUUUCUAUCUGUUGUGGCACGUCUUUUGUUAAUUUCUGAAGGAAUGUUUCAAGUUGGACUAGAUCUUGUUGCAACCAGCGAAGGGAAACCGUCAGCAGAAGUGCUGGCUACUAUUUUGGACACAAUGUCCAGUAAAGUGCCAUACAUUGUGCAACCAGAGAGGAAAAAACUAAUCUGCAUUUCUCUACUCAAGUUAAUGUCUACUUGCCAACCGGUAAUAAUGCAUCGUAUAUGCGGAAUAUUUUUGGGUGUAUCCGAAACUUUAAAUGACAUACUGAAGGCUGAUUUGCAAAGUGGAAAAAUGAUCGACUCUCUCUGCGUACUGGAUUUUGAGGGUCAACGAGACACCGAUGAAGUAGUCACUGAAAAUGAUCUUCGUAAGAAGAGGUUGGCUUCCCGUGACGUCGUGUACACAGUUGAUUUGAUCAACCUGUUUAGAAAUGAAGUUAAUAAUCUACGAGGGCGUUUGGGUGACUCUGUUUUUAACGAAGUUAUGCAAACAGUGGACGUGGAAACUUUACAAAUGGCCAAAACAUUUCUGGAGUAAAUGCAUGCAGCGAGCAAGAAGUUAAUAGUAAUUGGAUGUCAUUGAGACAAGAGUCGCAAUAAUUAAAGUUUUAACGAUAAGAAUAUAUUAUUGAAAUAAGGGGCGUUAUAUUCAAUGCGUUUGUAUGCUGAGGAAGAACAAAAGAAGAGAAAGAGAAAGCCAAUAACACAUUUUGUGUUCUUCCCAGUAAUCGGAUUUAAUUUCAUGUAAUCGUUCGUAAUUCAGGAAAUAUAACAAUAAAGUAAAACGCGUUUCAAGACUUUA